AUUUGAUCCAGCUCAUUCCUCAUGAAUUCCAAUAGCAUCUUGCUAGGCAUGACAACAUCAACUUCAACCCACCCUCACUGCCUCUUCAUCUUCCUCUGUCUCCUCUUCUUGCUUCCACUUCAGGCCUCGCCGUCGCCGACCACAGAGGCACAAGCUCUUGUCAAAUGGAAGAACUCCCUCUCCCCUCCUCCUCCUUUGAGCUCAUGGUCGCUCACCAACAUCACCCAUCUCUGCAAAUGGACCGGCGUUGCCUGCAACAAUGGCGGGUCAGUCUCGGAGAUCAGCCUCUCCGGCUUAAGCCUCGGCGGCACGCUCAAUGCGCUCGACUUCGCUUCGCUCCCGAACCUGACCCGCUUCGACGUCAGCAGCAACAAUCUUGAGGGCCCGAUACCGUCCUCCAUCGGCAAUCUCUCCAAGCUCAGGUUCUUGGACCUGGGGAGCAAUCUCUUCGAGGGUGGCGUACCGCUCGAGAUGGGCCAAUUGCAAGAGAUUCAGCACUUGAGCCUCUUGAACAACACUCUCAAUGGUACUAUCCCUCACCAGAUCAGCAAUCUCGGGAAGGUGUGGCACUUGGAUCUGGGAUCAAACUACUUGGAAUCUCCUGACUGGUCGAAAUUCUCCGCCAUGCCGUCGGUGACUUACCUGAGCCUCUUCCUCAAUUUGCUCGAUGGCGAAUUCCCCGGCUUCGUGGCCAAUUGCCGGAACCUGACAUACCUUGACCUGUCGCAAAACACAUUGACUGGCAAAAUUCCUGAGGCUGUGUAUGCCAACCUGGUGAACCUUGAAUACCUCAACCUCACGGCGAAUUCGUUCCAGGGGCCGAUCUCAAACAUAUCAAAACUUUCCCGGCUGAAGGAGAUCCGGAUGGAUAACAAUCCAUUCGGCGGUCCUAUUCCUGGAGACAUAGGAUUGCUGACUGAGCUUCAGAUGAUAGAGAUGUACAACAAUUCCUUAGAAGGGGCAAUUCCUAGCUCCAUUGGUCAAUUGAGAAAGCUUCAAAAGCUUGAUUUGGGCACAAAUCGAUUGAACUCUUCAAUCCCUUCCGAGCUCGGGCUUUGUUCUAACCUCACCGAGUUAGCCCUCGCCGUGAAUUCGAUCUCCGGGGAAUUGCCUCUCUCUCUGUCCAAUCUGAUCAGAUUAUCGAAAUUUGGAGCUUCGGAUAAUCGCCUGUCAGGUGAGUUAUCCCCUUAUUUCUUCACAAAUUGGACCGAACUUGUUUCUUUGCAGCUCCAGUACAAUUUUCUCUCCGGCCAAAUUCCGCCGGAAAUCGGAAGCUUGACCAAUCUCAAUUACCUCUACUUGUACCACAAUUCGCUCUCCGGUCCGAUCCCUACCGGGAUCGGGAGAGUUGAGAAUUUGCUUGAGUUAGACCUCUCACAUAACAAUCUCUCCGGCCGAAUCCCUUUGACAUUGUGGAACCUCAGCAACCUUCAGAUCCUCCAGCUUUUCUCCAACAACCUCACUGGGACUAUUCCUCCGGGGGUCGGGAACCUCACAUCGGUGACCAUUCUCGACCUCAACACGAACCAGCUUUAUGGAGAGGUCCCUGAGACCAUCUCUCGCCUUGCUAACUUACAGUCGAUCGCUUUGUUCACGAACAAUUUCUCGGGAGGCAUACCGAGUGAUUUCGGCAAGUACAGCCCUUCUCUGGGCUAUGUUAGGUUUUCAAACAACAGCUUCGUCGGAGAACUGCCAACCGAGUUAUGCAGUGGCAUUGCUCUACAAGAACUCCUCGUCGAUGGGAACAAGUUCACCGGGCCGCUGCCCAACUGCUUGAGGAACUGUUCGGGGCUAACAAGAGUCCGUCUAGAUGGCAAUCAGUUCACUGCAGAUAUCACGAGUGCAUUCGGAGUUUAUCCGAAUCUGGCCUUUAUAAGCCUCAGCAACAACCAAUUUGUGGGGAAUCUCUCGACAGAAUGGGGGGAGUGUAUGAAUCUCACGAGUUUGCAGAUAGAUGGUAACAAAAUCUCCGGCCACAUCCCGCCAGAGCUGGGGAAAUUGUCUCAGUUGCGGGUCCUGACUCUGUACAGCAAUGAAUUGACCGGGAAAAUUCCAGACGAGAUGGGAAAUCUAGGGGAGUUGAUCACGCUGAACUUGAGCAACAACCAUUUGGCCGGAGAUAUUCCGGUCUCAUUAGGAAAUUUGUCGAGGCUAAAUUAUCUUGAUUUGUCGGGGAACGCGUUCAGCGGCAGCAUACCGGACCAGCUAGCUAAUUGUGAGAAUUUACUGAGCUUGAACUUGAGCAACAACAAUCUGUCGGGUGUCAUAUCGCCGGAGCUCGGGAACUUGUUCGCGCUACAGAACCUCCUAGACCUGAGCCACAAUUCACUAGCGGGAUCAAUUCCUUCCAAUUUAGCAAAGCUUACUAAAUUGGAAAAUCUCAAUCUUUCGCAUAACAAUUUGUCGGGUACGAUCCCAGCUGCUCUCACUAGCAUGGUGAGUUUAAGCUCCAUAGACUUGUCGUACAACGAGCUGACAGGUGCGGUUCCUAGUGAUAGCCUCUUUCGACAAUCGCCAGGCAGUGCUUUUAUAGGGAAUCCGGGCUUGUGCGGAAACGCGACGGGAUUAUCUCCUUGUGGAACGAGCAGCAAAUCGACCCAUCAUAGGAAAAAGGUUCUGAUCGGUGUGAUUGUUGGCGUCUGCUGCUUACUACUGCUCGUGACCCUUAUUGCUUUGAUCCUGGUACUUCGGCAGCGAAACAAGCAUCUCGAUGAACAGAUCAAGAGUCGUGUAAAGUAUGGGGAAUCCGAGACGAUCAUAUGGGAAAGUGGAGCAAAAUUCACCUUCAACGACAUCGCCAAGGCCACAGACAACUUCAGCGAAGAGUACUGCAUUGGAAAAGGCGGGUUCGGGAGCGUAUACAAGGCCAAACUGGCCAGCGGCCGAAUCCUCGCUGUCAAAAAGCUCAAUGCAUUGGACUCAGGCGACGUCCCUGCAGUCAACCUCCAGAGCUUCAAGAACGAGAUCCGCGUGUUGACCGAGGUCCGGCACCGCAAUGUGAUCAAGCUCCAUGGGUUCUGUUCCAAGGGGGGUAGCAUUUACUUGGUCUAUGAGUUCGUCGAGAGAGGCAGUUUGGCAAAGGUGUUGCACGGAGGAAAAGGAGCAACUGAACUGAACUGGGGUACAAGAGUGAAGAUUGUUCAAGGAGUGGCUCAUGCGAUCGCCUACUUGCAUCACGAUUGCUCGCCAUCGAUCGUCCAUCGGGACAUAACGUUGAACAACAUCUUGCUCGAGUGGGACUUCGAGCCUCGGCUCUCGGAUUUUGGGACGGCGAGACUCUUGAAUCCGGACUUGUCGAAUUGGACCACAGUGGCGGGAUCUUAUGGCUACAUGGCUCCAGAGUUAGCAGUAACUAUGCGGUUGACGGACAAAUGCGACGUGUUUAGCUUCGGAGUAGUAGCGCUAGAGAUCAUGAUGGGGAAGCAUCCAGGGGAUCUUCUCGUUUCCCUACAAACGACACAAACGUCGUCGACAUUACCAGAAGACACAAAUUUGCUACUAAAGGAUGUGCUCGAUGAACGUCUUCCUCCUCCGGCCGGAAAACUAGCCGAGGAAGUUGUGUUCGUCGUCACGGUGGCGCUGGCGUGCACGCGGACGAGUCCUGAUUCACGACCCACCAUGCGUUUCGUCGCGCAAGAAUUGUCCGCACGCACUCAAGCUUGCUUAUCCGAGCCCUUAGGCUCCAUAAGCAUCAGCAAGCUAUUGAGUCUUCAGAAAUAAAAUUUUAAGGGAUGGAGCAAAUCAAAUGAUAUUGCUUUUGCCUCGUCUUUUUCUUUUUCUUCCUUUUUGUUUGACUUAGCUUGUAAUGAAUGAGCAAGAGUGGGCCGGGCGUGUACAAUGGUGUAUAUACAAAGAUGACAAUUUAAAAACACGCUAUUGCACUGCAAGUAGACCUAAAUUUUAUGGCUUUGGCAGCUAUCCUACAAAAAAUUUUU